ACAAGCGUCUUCAAUCGCGCUUGAAUUGGAGGUUGCACCAUUCGAGCUCGCUUUCUAUCCCGGUGCAUCGAUGGAGUACACCUAUGUGAACGCUGGGACGCAAGAGCUAACGUGUCGCCGCUGCGGUUCGCCGUGGAAGGAUGUCUGCGCCUGCUUGACCUUGGACAUUGAGUGCUCGGAGGCGACCCAUGCCGCCAGCUCCGUCGUCCGCGGCAUUGAACUCAUUGAAAUUUCGACGCGGUCCAUUGAUAUGGACGCUCUCUUUUUAUACUCCGAGUCGUCGCAGUGCUCCAAACAGCCUUUCCUGAACUCGGACUCGGGCCUCUCGCCGUGCAAGCGCAGCGCACGCCGGCGCGACGAGCCUCAGGUGCCGCCGCCGGGAUGUUCGCUGGCGUUCAUGCUAAUGCUCUGCGCGCCCAAGAUGGCAGUCAACAUGGCCUGGUCCGCGCAGUGGGCGGCGUUUGGGCCACAGCUGCAAACGAUCUUUGUGGCGCCGUGGAAGGUGCAGCUCAUCCAAGUGAUUGGUCCUAUCACGGGGCUGCUCGUUUCGCCCGCCGCCGGUGUUCUCAGUGAUCAGUGCAGCAGUGCGUAUGGUCGGCGCCGUCCGUUUAUCCUCGGAUCGCUUAUCGCGACGCUCUUGUGCUGGUGCAUCAUGUCCAACAGCUACGCGAUCGGGGCAGCGUGUGGCGACAGCGACUCGAACCAAGUCGUCACGGCUGCGAUCCUGCUUCUUUGCUACCUCUGGAUGGACGUGAGCGUCAAUGUGCUGCAGACCAGCGCCAACUUGAUCAUUGCGGACUUUGCCGGCGGGCGCCAGGUCACGGCGGCCGCCAUCGGGUCCGUCUACUCGACGCUCGGGAGUCUCUGCGUGUCGGGGUACAUCUGGCUCUUCAGCGGAGCGCAAGAGUCGCUCUCUGGCUUCUUCAGCAUGCUCAUAGGCGUCCUUCUCAUCACGUGCAUCCCCGUCCUUCUCUUCGCCAAGGAGACACCGGUGGCGACAACGUCGACCACAUCGCUUCUCCGUCGGCUCCACCACGCAUCCCUCGGUGUGUACACGGGCGUGCGGACGCUGCCCGAGCCGCUCGCUGUCUACUCGUCCGUGCUCCUCUUGCUCUCGUACGGGUACAUUGCCUACAAUGGCGCGAAAGGCCAGUACUUUGGCUUGCAAGUCUACGACGGCGACGCGCGCGGCGCCGACAGCUGCGGCUCCAACUGCACCGCCGCGCAAAUCCAGUACAGGGACGGCGUCACCAUUGCUGGUGGGUCGACCGACACGCUUUUUAACGCGGCGUCGCUCGUCGUCGCGCUCAACGUGACGAUCGUCGUGCUCUGCGCGAUCCCACAAGGCGCGAUCUUUGCGCUGCAAAUCCCCGUCAUCAUGCACGUGAUUGGGUACGGCGAGCAGGACGGACUGGGCUUGUAUGCCGGCGCCUUCAAUUCCGCCAACUGUCUCGGACAGCUGCUCAACUUUGCGCUCUCGUCCGUCCUGCUGCGCACGCGCUUGCAGUACGGUCUCCCGAUCUUGCUUGGCGGCGGCCUCAGCAUCGCCGCGCUCCUCGUCGUGUACCAUCGCUUUCACGUCAGCCAGUGA